AUGCGCACACGCCGGCACGGGACCGCCGGGGGGGGGCUGUGUUUCGACCACGGGGCGGCGUACAUCCACGGCACCUUGGGAAACCCCCUCGUAGACUUGGCCAAAGGGGCCGGCAUCGGCUUGAAACAGGUAUCGGAGUCGAACCCCUGGAUAGAGGCAACGCCGUCGGUAUCCCUGUUCUACGGCGGCAAGCGGGCGGGUGAAGCCGAAACCGCCGCGAACGACGAGGCGUUCUCCGAGCUGAUGGGCCGGGUCAGGACCAUGGCGCAGGGCUGCGACGACGCCGAAGCUCCCGCAAGGGACGCCAUCGAGAAGCUGCUGCUGGACGAGCCCUUUCGUUCCUUCUCCAUGCCGGAGCUGGCCCGGUUGCGGAUGAGGGUCCUCAUGCUGGCUCUAUGGCACGGGUGCGACGUCCAGGACAUGCAGCUGAGAUCGCUCGAGUUCGAAAACAAGCCGUUUCAUGGUGGGCAGGGAGUCUACGGUGACUUCCCCGGGCCGCAUUGCGUGGUGGAGGGGGGCGUGGAGCGCAUCGCGGAGGUGGUUGCUAGCCCGCAGGUCCGAGAGUGUCUCCGCCUCAAUGCGCGCGUCAGCCGGGUAGCCAUCGUGGACGCCGAAAAGGCUGCUGCCGCCGCCGCUAUUCCCGCCAACAAGACGAGCGGAGGACCAGCAGCGGUGUCGAAGGGCGAACAUGUCCAGGUGGUUGUUCAUAAGCAGGUGGUGGGGGGAGGGUCCGGGGACGGCGCGGAGGAGGAAGAAGAGGAGUUGGUGCGGGCGGAGGCGGUGAUCGUGGCGGUGCCGCUGUCGGUGUUGCAGGAGGGGACGGUGGAGUUCGAUCCCCCUCUAUCUGAGGAGACCAGCUCGGCCUUGUCCAGGCUCAGCAUGGGGAACUACGAGAAGAUCAUGAUGGAGUUCGCGGAGCCCUUCUGGCCCGCCGACACCCCGUUCAUCGGAUGCUGCUGCGGCUACCCCCGACCGCCUCCCUCGCCCCCGUCCCUCCACACAGCGCCGCCGGCCGCACCGGUGCCAACCGCACCGGUGUCAGCAACCGCUGACGGAGGGUCGUAUUCCCCCGCUCCACCCGCUCCGAGACCAAGGACGACGGUGUCGGGAUCGGCGCGGAUGACCGCCGACGGCGGCGGGGUCGCACCGCCAUCAUCGUCGGGUGCCACGAACCCGGCGUCUCUUGUUGCCGCGGAGAACGGCCAUACCCCGGCGUUGGCAGCUGCUGCUGCUGGAGCAGCAGCUACGGCGGCGGCGGAAUCGGCGGAAUCGGCGGUUGUCGGUGCCCCGCCGCUCUCCGUUAGCCCUGUUUUUUUGGAGAACCACUUGUGGUCGAAAGGGGUGCCGGUGCUGACCGCCGCGGUUACCGGCGAGCGGGCUCGGAUGGUGUCUGCCGCUGCCCGCACGAUGGCGCGGGGAGAGGGGGCGGGGAACAGCGGAGCGGCGGAGGAGGGUUGGAGGGCCUCGCACGCUAGAGAGAUGUACCGCAGGUUGAUCAAGCCCGCGCUCGUCGAGGGCUUGGGGGGGACGGGAGAGGACCUUCCGGAGCCGGUGUCGGUGUUCGUGACGAGCUGGGGGCAAGAGCCCUUCCAGCGAGGCUCCUACAGCUUUUUCCCGCUGGGGGCUCGAGACGACGACAUUCACACGGCAGGGCGGGGGGCGGCCUUCGGGCCGCCGAGGGGGGCCGCGGAGGGCGGCGCAGGGGGGGGCUCCGAGCGGGUUUUCUUCGCGGGGGAGGCCACGGUCCCAGGGCUAGAGGGAAGCAUGCAUGGGGCUUAUCUGUCCGGGGUGCGUGCGGCAGAGGACGUCGCGUAUGCCUUCGGCUUGCCCUUGUGACUUGGGGGCGACACAACGGUGCGGUGUGGCAUGGUGGUACUGUCGAUGUUGAUGGUGGUAAGGUGGUGUCUAGGGACGUCGCGUACGCUUGCAGGUGGCUCCUGUGACUUGGGGGAAACGACGAGCGCGUGGUAGGUGGUUUUGUCGAUGUUGAUGGCGGUAAGGUGGUUUCUGGGGGCGUCGCAUGUGCUUUCGGCUUGCCCCUGUGAAUACUGGGAGACGACGAAUGCGUCGUCGUGGUUUCGUCGUUAGGAGUUGAUGAGGGUCGCGGUGAUGAUGGUGGCGGUGAUUGCGGUGUCGUUUGAGGGGGGGGGAAGGUCUUCAUGGUGUGCCUACUUGUUUUGGGUGUGGCUCUGUCUUCCAGGUGGUGUAGCGUUGGGCGGUGGUGGUUGCUGUUGUUGCCGGUGGUGGGGGCGAUGUCGGUGUAGGUGUGGGUUUUCCGCGCCUAGAUGUUUGGACGAAUGUCGCCACUCAUGUCAAGAAGAGACAGAAAAAAGCUGGUUGUUUCGUCGACAAGAUAAAAGGGUAGACUUUCGGCAUGCGAUCCUACGACAGCGGCCCCUCUUGAAGGACAGACGGGGCGCUUGGCAGGAUAAUCCCUGGAAGUGUAUCCUGCGUCGUGUUAGUUCGGGAUUGACUGCUUGAACUUGAGCUUGCAGGCAAUGUACGGUCCUAUUCCACGUUGGCAGGCAUGCGGGAACGCUCCCCGUUGUGCAGAUAAGAAGUGGUUUGUUUUGCGUGAGGAUGGGUUCAGCUGCCGGCAAGAGUCUGGGCCCGUGGUGGGCGGCCUAUGUUUCUUAAACAACAUUCAGUCUCGCGGGUGAGUUGUUGUUGCUUUCGCGUGCACGCUGGAACUUUCUUUUGUGGUGCAUGGCAGCCUAAACAACGUGAAGCUACGGCUACCCGUCAUACAGGAAUAUGAGCACAUUAAGGAGUUGGAGAUGUUCAUAAACUCAUAACAAAAGUAGGGCAAUGAUGUGCGUUUGGCAGUAUUUGUUGGGGGAGAAGAUUGAGAGUGGUGGUAUGAUACAAUGACGCCAGCAAACGUUGGGGAUGGUGGUCGUCGUGGUGCCCUUCAUCCAGCAGCCUCGCUUCAUAUGUGGAUAGCAACAGAGUAGGUCCUGGUGAGCUUUUUCAAUCUUGUAGAGCCAGCCUCGCUAUCAUGUUCAACACGACAGCUCUUCGGUGAGCUACUACUAAGCUCUCUUGCCGUAGACGUUGUUUCCCCCGCCGAUCGGGUGAUGACCACAACGUGCGUCGCACAACAAACCAAAACCAAAGCAAGAAAGAGCAGUUGCGUGUGCGGGCCUAGUCUAGAAUAAUCGAUGGCACAACAUGUACGGCGGUUGGGACAGUGUGAUGGGGCGAAAUAUACUUUCAGUUCGAAAAGUGACCCGAUCGUGUAUGAAACGUAAACAAGCGUGGAAAGCAGGCCGGGGGAGGGAGGAGGCCAGUGCGGGUGGUAAGAGCAUAGUGGAACAAGGUGUUCAGAUCGAACUGCCCAGGUGCGGGGGGUUCGGCAGAUGGUGGUUUCGUUUGGGGGGGCGGCAGGGGAUAUUGGAGACGUUUUUCUGCCCUCUUCCGACCAAAUGCUCUGGCCCACCACUGUUGUCCAGGUACCUCGUACAAGCUCAGUCGCGAAACGAAUAUGCUGUUUCACACGCCUAUGUAAUCCGAUUGAUUGUUGACCUGAUGGCGGUGAUGAGGAUGCACCCCCCUCCCGGACUACGUGUGUUUUUUGGUUGCGUUCGCGGACUGGCGUGCGGGUUGGUUGUGCCCUGACGCACCUGUCAGAAGCGCAGAUCGAGUGUGAAUGUUUGUACAUGCUGAUUUUUUUGGAUGGAGGACCGUGCGCCGGCGCGUCUACUUAGUCUGGUGAAUGAUAUUCCUACAGCGGCACCCCUACAAGCAUUGUUGCGCGACCGGCAUGGAUAUAUGGGGCCCCGGCGUUUCGGGGGGGGGGGGGGUACUCAUAGUCGUGCAUGCCGUAGUCGGUAGACCGUUGACCUCGCAUCCAUACAAAGCCGGGACGGAGCACGCCAGGUUCUCACCGGACCAGGCUCUCACAUCACCAAGCGCGAAGCGCCGUGAGAUAUUCGGCGAGUCGCAUGAAGGGUGCGCUGCAUCCUGCUAAGGGUGUUCGGCAUCUUGUGCUUACUUCCUUGCGUACGGAUGACAGCUGCGUAUGAAUUAAUUUAUUUUCUGGUGCUUUCACUUCCAGAGACAGUUGUAAGCACUGUGUAACUGCCUCGAGGGUGCUUGACCAUUUUAACACAACGUGGUGCGAUCAUCCCCCUUGCGCGGAGUGAGGGUUCACCCCGCACAACAUGAUCUACUCAACCAUCAUUAUGGUUACUGCCCAAAAAAAAUAAACGGAGGAAAAAAAAAAAAACGGUAACCUGGUUGCCGAGUUCACGAAGUGAAUUGGCUUGUUUUACAACGUCGUUGCCAAGCGACGAAAACCCAAUCCCGAUAGGCAAACACCGGAGGGGGGGGGGUGUACUCAUAGUCGUGCAUGCCGUAGUCGGUAGACCGUUGACCUCGCAUCCAUACAAAGCCGGGACGGAGCACGCCAGGUUCUCACCGGACCAGGCUCUCACAUCACCAAGCGCGAAGCGCCGUGAGAUAUUCGGCGAGUCGCAUGAAGGGUGCGCUGCAUCCUGCUAAGGGUGUUCGGCAUCUUGUGCUUACCUCCUUGCGUACGGAUGACAGCUGCGUAUGACUUAACUCAUUUUCUGGUGCUUUCACUUCCUGAGACAGUUGUAAGCACUGUGUAACUGCCUCGAGGGUGCUUGUGGGGGGGGGUUGUAAUGUUGAAUGUCUUCGAUUGUAUGUAGCCCGUGCGUUGGGACAGAAAGCGCGUCAGAGGAAGGGAGGAGGGUCAGAGAGCACGGCUACGAACGAACGAGGUGUUUCGAAGGCUGCGGCAGAGGCGUUUUCGAAGGCAACGGGAGUAGGAACCCCUGGCGAACAGGCCUUGAGAUCCUCGAGAGGUCCUCGAGGUCCUGUUGCGGAGCAGACCUACACCGUCAUCAUCGUGUUUUCGAGAUAAGCGCACUUUAAAUGCCGGUUUUAAUGGUGUCAGAGCCAAGUGCCAGUUAUUUUUUGCUUUUGUUUGGCCCUUUUGUCCAACCUGGGCUACCCCCGUAGUAGCGUAGGGGUCGACUGGUACAAAACGAUGGCCCAUUGUGGGUAGAGAUGGGACGGCCAGGGGGAGGUCCCUCGCAUCGCGACUAAUAAUGAACGUUUGGGAGUGUACUUACGUUGAUCAUGAGUGCCGCCAACAGAAUAGAGCAGACGAACGUGCACCGUGGUUUGUUUGGUUCCUCUAUUUUCGGGAGCCUUUUCUCGCCCCGUAUACUCCCGGGAGGGGAUAGGGGACAAGACUGAAUGGCGUCCCUCUUUGAAAAGGCGGGGAGUGAGUCCGAGCUAUGACGUGUCGUUUGUGCAAAAUUUUUUUUUUGUUCUGGGAAAAGACGGGGGGGCAGGUGUAUGUGUGAAUGCAUCCUCAUUGCAGUGUUCUGAUUGGUCAACAACAAUAUGUGAUCCAGUUCAUUCAUAGCCUUUUAAUUCCGUAGGAAACCGCUCUUUGCGAGAUGCUAUUCGUAGGUAAUGGUACUGUAGAAGUUGGGGUGUGCGGCAGGUCACUUGUUGAGGUUGCCGCUGAGAUCAUUCGAUCGAAACGAUCACUAUCUAUCAUGGAAAACGUUGGGUGUGUGAGUGUAUGUCGGUAUGCGCCUUGCACAGUGCGUACUUUGUUCUGACGGGCGAGUUGCCGGUCCCCUGUGUGGGUCAUGUUGUUGCGGGUCAAACCGCAUUUUGGCCUAUAAUGAGGUACAUGUGAACUACUAUGUAGGUAACGACGUCGCAGGAAACAGGUUUCGAAGUACUUAAUGUAGGAGUUUAAUUCCCUUGCGUUCGAUCUUGAGAGAGGCAAGCACAUGUUGCUGUGCGUCUGUGUCCGCCGGCAUUUCGACGU